AUGGCGGCGCCUUCCUCCGCCGGGUGCCCGGAUCCGCCGGCGGCGGCGGCGGCGGCGGCGACGACGCCCUCUUCUGCCUCUACCAAACCCCUCGGCCCUGUCCCCGCACUCCUCCCCCUCCCCUCUCACUUCUCUCCCCAGUCCAUCCUCGGGAGGCCCCCCAAUCCCUCUCACGGUCCCCCGCAGGGGAUCCUCUACACCGUCGGCGGCGCCGGCCGUGGAAACCCUCCCAGGCCCGCCGGCGGCGGCCGGGGACACUCCGCUCCUCCUCAUGCGGUGACGGUGGCCAAUCCGGCGGGUUACGUCAGGAAUAACAGUCCUACGGCCGUCGUGACCUUCCCAGCGGCCGCCGUGCAGGCGAGGCCAUUGGGAUUUCCCUCGGAUCACGGGGUACAGAUGUAUCAUCAUCAUCAGCGUCAGCAACGUCAGCAACAGGCUCUAGUGCAUCACGGGAGGCCUCCAUUUCAGCCGCCGCAGGGGCAGCAGCAGUCGGGUUCGCAGGUUGCGCCAUCUAGGACAACUGGAGUGGGCGGUGUUGGGGCUCCUCCUAUGCCUGAUUUCGCUUCGUCGAUGGUUCCCGCUCUUGCUUCCAAGGUUGUUGCUGUUAUCCAUUCAAUGGCGCUCUGCUCUCGUAUCAACUUACGUAAUUGACUCUCUAAUUUUCUCGGUGUUCAUUGCUUUGCCGUAUUCUAAAUGUCCUGCUUUGCCUAACGCGAAUUUUGGGGUAGGCUUCCACCCUAUCUGCACGUCUCUCUCCAGGUAUUUCGUUUGUUGACGGUAAAGGUAGAAUGAUAGCGGUGAUCGAUUUCAAAGAUGAUGGGAAAUUGCGGGGAGAAUUGAGGAAACCCUAAAUACGCUACUUACCAGGCAUUUAGAGGAAAAGGCAUAACCCGAGAUCGAACCCUAACAAGAAUGAUAUGCAAAGGAAACUCAGGGACAAUUCGACAGAGUCCAUGACUGUGGGAGCUAAAUCACCAACCACUCAUGACUCCAAAGAUCAUGCGCGACGGGUCAAGACAACAUUGUACUCAAUCCAAGAGCUGAACGUAGCAGCACAAAGCUAUAAUAAAAACUAGACAAACAAUCUGAUUUAGAUGCUGUUGGAACUCGUCAGGUCCUGAUGGCUAUCCGAUUUGGUUGUUUACGUCUACACUUUCUCCCUCGUUUUCUUGAUUAUUGAGGUUGCGGCUGUGAUCCUUAAAAUUUCAUGUUCUCAGUGGGAAAAGAGAACGCUUCAUUUCUGUUAUCUUCUUAAAUACAUUUUUAUUGUAUUUUAAGUAUCUAUUAUCUGUUGAAAUGAAAUAUAGGGACAUGGAUGUUCCUGGAUGACUUAAAUAGUUGUGUUUUUUGUCUUGUUAAUUUCAUUUUAGAAUUGUAUAGGUCUCCUCAUUUCCACUUGUAACCUCAAACCACGAGUUGAGCACCCUCAAGGAAUUCAGGUAGAAACAUUUAAUUUUCAAUGUUUUUUUUUUAACAUUCUCCUACUCAAACCUGAAGUUUUCUUGAUCUAUUUUUUAGGGACAAAAGUAGAGAUGAUGGUAUCAUUCGAGUUUAUGAUCGAAAAGUAAGAAACCAUCAUUAGAUCCUUAUCUCUGUUUGUGACUGGUGUAAUGGGCUUGCGGUUUUAUUCUACCACCGUGUUGAUACCAUACAGAGCCUUUCGUUUUGGUUUAUAUAAUCAUCAUAUUUGUUAUGUUAGUGCUGAAGUCGAAUUCCCUUUUGAUAUGCACGUUUCAUAAUUUUUGAUAGAAAGAAUCAUUCCUUUUGGAUUAUGCAAAAAGUAUUCUUUAAGUUUAGGUUUUUUUCAUGCCCAAAAGUAAACUUCACAAAAUAUUAUCGAUGGGAAUUGGACAGCAAUGGCAGAUUGUUUUCGAAGUUUAACGAAUGAUAAGAGAAGGCAACUGAUUGGUUUUUAGGAACAGAAACUGUUGGAGUAGUUUGGACUCGUACACUGCCUAUCAGGAUGUGUUUAUUAGUUAUGGUUCCUUCAUUGUAGCUUGUAUUAUUCAUGACUUUCCCUGCUAAUUUUUAGGUUAGAAUAUCGGAAAGUCCCUCAGGUCUUCUGUAUGGACUAUGUCGUUCAUGGUUACGCAACGGGUUGCCUCAUGAAAUUCAGGUAUGAACAUAUCCAUUAUAUUACUUCUUUUAUUUAAUGGGAUAAACGUCCUUUUUACCUUCGAGAAAACCAGCUUAUUUUUUUGUGCAAGCUGGAAUUUUCUUUUUUAACCAAUGAUAUUCUCGGUCAAUGUUCUUCUGAUCCAAAUAUGUGAAGGGACAUUCUUUCUCUUUGGGCUAAAUGGGACAACUUGGUAUUCAAUUGGCUAAAACUUUCAUUAUUAUCUGCAUACUUCUUCUUUUUGUGACGUGGUGGGCAUAUCCUUUCCCUAACGUGUUCCUCCCCCCUCUACUUUAUUUGCCCGUCAUUGGUUAACCAUUCGUCGUUUGUCCAUCUUCCCUCCUAAUGCUACUGUUUCAUCAACAGGAGCCAUGCUAAGAGAUUGUCAUGUAGUUAUGGCACAGUAAUGUUGUCAGACGUCUCGAUUUCGUUGUGCCUACAUAUUCGGUUGCUUUUAAAGAUAUUUGGCCGUUUAUUAUUUGAGAUCUUGACUACUCGCAGCUUUGUAUUUAGAGGUACCCAUUGACUGAGGUCUCAAGAUUUUUGAGUGUUCUAAGUGAAAAGGAAUUCAAAUGCAACUUACAUUCGGGGCCAAAUAAUGUAGUGGAUACAGAAUUAUUGCCUACCAUCUGGAUGAUUACUAGGUUUGUUUGGGCGAUACCUCGAGCUAAAUUAGUUCCGAGAAAGAUUUCUCAAUACUCCAAUUUAUUGUUGUGUACCAGGUACUUUAUCCUGUCCAGAAUGAGGCAAUGAUCGAGUAUUAUUAUUCUCGUGAAUACUCAACCUUUGAGUAUUCGUUAUUGUGUUUAUUACUGUGAUUGAUGGCUGUCUGAAGAAAAGAAAACUAAGCCAACAUUCCCACUUAGGGAGCAAGAGGGCAGUUCGAAUCAGAGUGGACUAGAAAGCACACCCAUUUGUCGUGGCCAGUCUAGUGUGCACUAUGCUAUCGAAUCCACUUCUCUUUUGUCUGGCAGUGGAUGCAACAAUCAUGAAUGUCUGCAAGUUGUGGCUCAUAUGCGAGUAGACCUGACACGUUGUACCAAUCAUGAAUGUCUGCAAGUUGUGGCUCAUUAAUCUCCAAUCUGCGUAAUAUAUCUCCAUCCCACUUAGUUGUAACUUCUCUACCCACCCAUAGUUGAAGUAAUGGCGAAAAAAACGGAGGAAAAAUGGAGGAUGAAUGAUAGAAAGACGAGGGAUAUGUGAACAUGAAAGAAUCAGGGAAGAACUUAGUUAGAAUUAACAACGUCCUUUGAAUCAGGUUGCAUUAUUCACCUUAAUCCAUAAGGCCAGCUGCCUUAUGCCUAGUUGAGAAGGUGUUGCCUGGUUCACUGGUACUUGGGAUGUGGUGCAGAUAAGAUUUACUGUCAAGCUGUAGAUCUAGUGGUGCAACAAGGUUUGGGUAUCAGGAGACACAUACAUGGUACUGUGUGCAAGCCAUAGUGUGAGACAUUGUUACCCCUUAAACGUCAUGUGAUACCUAAUGGCCGGGGGCGAAGCAUCCAGUGGCGGGGAGUAGCAAGUGAGUGCAAAGGCCUUGUUGGACUACUCACCUUGGGGGAGCUUGGAUAUCUUGAGCGUCUUCUUACCUCGGCAAUGUUUUGAAGGCCACGCUUAGGUUCACACAGAGCGAGGACAAAAGUAAUGGUUGGGUAAGGAGACAUAGAACAGAAAAGUAAUGUCAUGUGUGUAAGCCUCUGUUGUUGACUUCUUAUAUUAUCACUGGUUCAGAAGGAUAUUAAUUUUCUUAUGGACACUUGUCGUGGAAUUGGUUUGACAUUUUAGUGAUGCAUAAAUUAUAUCCAUAUAUGUUUUCUAAAUUAAAUUGUGAUAUUAAUCUUCUGAUUCUUUCAGCCAAAAUUUGGUGAUGGCGUUCAACUUCUUCCGAGACCGUUACCUCUAAAAGCAGCUGAACCCACUUCAUCAGGAAAGAGAGUAGUUGACGUUAAAGAUGACGAUCCUCAGAGAGAAGAGGUUCCCAAUAGCUUUCUGAGAAAUUUCAUACGUUUUAAUAUAUUUAUCUACGUGCUCACUAUUUAUCUCAGUUUUCUUCGGUCACCGUCUUGAAAGCAUUUAUCAUUUUUUUUUCCCGAAUUCUAGCAUUAAAUUUGAUUAAUCAACAAAGAAAGAGCAGCGAUAGCUGUCAAUUUUUUAGAGAUGACGUAAGAUAGGGAAAAGAGCAUAUGCCAAGAAUUAUAAUGGAGAUUUAAUGAGGCUCCUCCACAUACCAUGACGAGAUUACAGAUGUGAAAAUUUUUAUUCGAAUGUUGUGGGAAAAAUUUAACUUUGCUGCCCAUGCUUCAGAAUAUUAUUUUAUUUUAUUUUAUUUUAUUUUUCUUCAUAGUUCAGAAAAUUAAUAAAAUGAUGAGGCAUAAGUUUGUUCACUCGAUAAGCUGUAUGACCUUAUCAUGCUUGUCUUCUUGGAUUAUGUGGCUGAUGAAUGCACAUCUUCUGGCCAGAAUGGAGACUCCGUUGAUCAGUUAUCUGCACAUGAUUUGUUACAAAGACAUGUAAAGCGUGCCAGAAGAGUGCGGGCCUGGUAAACAUUUUCUUCAGCUUGGAGUAGCUUUGCUUGCGGUUUUUUCUUCAUUAGAUCAUAUUGUUAUAGUCCUCGGACGAGUUUGGAAAAUGAUAAAGUCAAAGAUAAAGCUGCUGCUAUAGGAGUAACUGCUAACCAGAUCAAUCACUGGACAUUUCUAGUGGGUGAUGACUGAUGAUUCCUUGAUCCAAACCCAACCAAGUUCUUAGAUCCUCAGAAUCUAUGAGACACGAGUUUGGUCAACUCCUCAGCUCCAAUUAAUCGUAGCUACUUAAGUGCAUUUGAUCUGGUUUGAUGAUUGACGAUUCCUUUGAUCCAAACCCAACCGAGUUCUUAGAUCCUCAGAACCUAUGAGACGCGAGUUUGGUCAACUCCUCAGCUCCAAUUAAUCGUAGCUACUUAGCAUUUGAUCUUACAGGUGUAACGGUUAUCAUCUUGAGAUUUCCCUGAUCUUGUCCUCCAUUGCUGCAGCUUGAAGGAGGAGCGGUUCCAGCGGAUCGAGCGGUACAAGCAGAGGCUCGCCCUCCUCCUCCCCGUUCCCCCAGACCUUGAAAAAUCUCCAGGAGCUUGA